CUGGUGUUUGCCAUCAGCCUCCCAAGCGGCAUCAGGCUGCUCUUCCACUGCUCCGCGCUCUUUUAAUCUCUUUGGGUGUUCCCGUCAUGGCCUCCAAAGUCAGCGCUCGGUAUGGGCAGAAGCGCGUGGGCCAAGUCCAAAGUGACUUUGCCUGUCGCCACACGGAGUGCGCGCGCACCAAGCAGCAGACGGCAGUGAGACACAGGAAGUCCAGCUCCACCUCGGUGAGCCAGGUGCAGGUCCAGGCCAGAGAGGCGAUGGCGGAAGCAGCCUAUACCAUACCGGUGUUCCGGCAGAGGGCGGAGGGGGGGGAGGGGGGGACGGAGGAGUACGUGAGAGUGAGCAGCAACGUGGAGAAAGGACUGACGGUGAUCCAGGAGGAGCUGCACCGCAUGAGGAUGACCACCAAGGCCCAGGUGGAGAGCCUCGCCAUCCAGAGAGAGGUAAAAGAGAUGAUGUACCGGAGGGUGGAGUUGUCGGAUGAAAUCCCGAAGCUGCCGGACUUCCUGGUGGCCCUGCGGGCGCACGCCGUGUGGGAGAAGACCCCCGUGAGGCUGCUGUGCACCGUGCAGGGUCAGCCCCGCCCCCUGGUCAAGUGGUACAAGGGAGGCGUGCUGCUGGACCCGCUGAGCGCGCCCGGGAGGUACAGGAUCGAGAACAAGUACGGCGUCCAUGGCCUCAUCAUCAGCAGGUGUGUUGUGAGUGAUACUGCCGAGUACAGCGCUGUGGCCACCAACCAACAUGGCACGGCCACCAGCAAGGCUACAGUGACUGUGAAGAGACCGUCUGGAUCUGGGGAGUCCAGCUAUCUGGGUUUAGUGCCGCGCCAGACGGAGGUCCACGCCAGUAAGCUGGAGGUCAGCCUGCUGGACCGGUUCCCCGUGAGCUUCGGGGUGGAGGGCGGCUCCGUCAGCCUGGUGGUGUCCAUGGUGGUGGUGCCCGACCUGCCCAACCUGCCCCCCCUCGCCCAGUGGUUCAGAGACGACACGCUGCUGACCCCAGGUCAGCUGCUGGAGGUGACGGUGGGUGGAGGCACCGCCCGGCUGACGCUGCCCCGCCUGGCCAAGGACGACGAGGGUCUCUACACCCUCCGCAUCUUCACCAAGGACGGCACCGCGGAGCACAGCGCCUACCUCUUCGUCUCCGACGCCGCCCCCCCCGUGGCCGGGGCCCCCGGGGCCCCCAUGAGCCUGAAGGCCUUCGACGUCAACGCGGACUACGUGCUGCUGGCCUGGAAGCCGCCCAACGCCGUGAGCGAGGCGGCGGUCAGCGGGUACCUGGUGGACCGGCGCGAAUCCGGCAGCGACGCCUGGGUCCAGUGCACCGACGCCCCGGUGAAGGUGUGUAAAUACCCGGUGCACGGCCUGAAGGAGGGCGGCUCCUACCACUUCCGGGUCCGGGCCGUGAACAGCGCCGGCGUCGGCAGGGCGUCUCGCGAGACCGGCCGCGUGGUCGCGCUCGACGCCGCCGAGAACGAGCGGCUGCAAGUGAUUAAGAUCGAAGGGAAAUACGACGUGGUGAUCAGGAGCGAGGACCUGGAAGGUCACGUGACCAUCCCGGGCGAGCCCACCGACGUGCACGCGUCCGAGGUUUCUCGCUCGUACGUCGUGCUGAGCUGGACGCCGCCCAGCCCGCGGGGUCGAGCCCCGCUGAGCUACGUCAUCGAGAAGUGCUUAGCGGGCACUGGCGCGUGGCAGCGGAUCAACGCCGCCGUGCCGCUGCUCUCGCCCCGGUUCCCGGUGUUUGAUCUGCAAGACGGGCUCCGGUACCAGUUCAGGGUUUACACGGUGAACCGGCACGGGGCGAGCUGCGCCUCGGAGCCCACCGGGCCGGUUCAGAAGGAGGAGGGGGACGGUCGGGGGCGGCUGCUCGGAGUCCCCUCCGCCCCCGGCCAGGUGGUCGCCACCAGGAACACCAGGUCCUCUGUGUUCGUGCAGUGGGAGCCCCCGAAGAACCUGAAGAACCUGGUGGGGUACUACAUCGACGGCUGCGCCGCCGGCACCAAGGCCUGGUUCCCCUGCAACCACAAGCCCUUCAAGCACUGCAGGUUCGUGGUCCACGGGCUGAUCCCGGGGGAGAGAUACACGUUCCGCGUCCAGGCCGCCAACGUCUUCGGCCUCAGCGAGGAGGCCCAGGAGUCCUCGCCCAUCGCCGUGGAGCCGGCCCUCGGGUUCGGGGCGGAGUACGUUUCAGGGGCUGAAGACUUCCUGUUUCCUCCACAUGAGAAACAGCUUCAUGUUCACAGAACAACCACAACGGGUUCUCCUCACGGGUUCUCCUCACGUGUUCUCCUCACGUGUUCUCCUCACGGGUUCUCCUCACGGGUUCUCCUCACGGGUUCUCCUGGCGUGUUCUCCUCACGGGUUCUCCUCACGGGUUCUCCUCACGUGUUCUCCUCACGGAUUCUCCUCAUGGGUUCUCCUCACGUGUUCUCCUCACGUGUUCUCCUCACGUGUUCUCCUCACGGGUUCUCCUCACGUGUUCUCCUCACGGGUUCUCCUCACGGGUUCUCCUCACGGGUUCUCCUGGCGUGUUCUCCUCACGGGUUCUCCUCACGGGUUCUCCUCACGUGUUCUCCUCACGGAUUCUCCUCAUGGGUUCUCCUCACGUGUUCUCCUCACGUGUUCUCCUCACGUGUUCUCCUCACGGGUUCUCCUCACGUGUUCUCCUCACGGGUUCUCCUCACGUGUUCUCCUGACGUGUUCUCCUCACGUGUUCUCCUCGCGUGUUCUCCUCGCGUGUUCUCCUCUCCUGACGUGUUCUCCUCACGUGUUCUCCUCACGUGUUCUCCUGACGUGUUCUCCUCACGUGUUCUCCUCGCGUGUUCUCCUCACGUGUUCUCCUCGCGUGUUCUCCUCACGUGUUCUCCUCACGUGUUCUCCUGGCGUGUUCUCCUCGCGUGUUCUCCUGACGUGUUCUCCUGGCGUGUUCUCCUCGCAGCGAGCCCCAGCGCUCCCUUCGGCAUCACCCUGCUGAGCUGCGACGGCUCCUCCAUGACUCUGGCCUGGAAGAGGCCCAAACACUGCGGCGGCUCCAAGGUCACGGCCUACUACCUCGACCACCGCCACGCAGACGCCCUGCGCUGGAGGGAGGUCAACCAGGAGGCCGUCCGGGAGGAGGUCUACACUGUUGACAACCUGACUGAGGGAACCUUCUAUGAGUUUAAGAUCCAGGCCGCCAACAUGGCGGGUGUGGGCGUGGCCUCGGCCCCCAGCGCCCCCCUGAGGUGUGAAGCGUGGACCAAUGAGGAGCCAGGCCCCGCCUACAACCUGAGCUUCAGCGAGGUCAGAGGUCAGUCCCUGGUCCUCCUGUGGAAGGCCCCGGUCUACACCGGAGCCGGCGCGGUCACCGGAUAUUUGGUGGAAAUGGCCAAGAAGGGCUCGACUGAGUUCGUCUCUCUGACUCAGGAGGCGACGAGCCACCGCUACCUGCAGGUGAGCGGUCUGGAGGAGGGGGAAACCUACGUGUUCAGAGUCCGUGCCGUCAACGCUGUCGGAGCCGGGAGGGCCUCCGCGCUGUCGGAGCCGGUCUGUGCCCAAGCGCUGCCAGGCACCCAGGAGAUCGUGGCCGGCGUGGACGAGGUGACCGGAGACGUCUUCCUGUCCCUGGAGGCCUGUGAGAUCUGUGAGACCUCAAAGUUCGUCUGGUCCAAGAACUACAAAGCCAUCGGGGACUGCCCCCGGGCCGUCGCCACGGAGACGGGCCGAACCUCCCGACUGACUUUCACCAACCCGGAUAAAGACGACCUGGGCCGGUACUCCGUGGUGGUCACCGACACGGACGGCGUCUCCUCCAGCCAAACGCUGACUGAGGACGCCCUGAACACGAUGCUGGAGCUCAGCUACGCCAUCAGACAUCCCGUUGUUCCUCUGAAGCACGGCCUGAACUAUGAGAUCUUGGAGAAGGGUCACGUCCGCUUCUGGCUGCAGGCCGUGAAGCUGACGCCCGCCGUGUCCUACAGGUUCAUCGUCAACGACAAGGAGGUCAAAACCGGCGAGGGCAUGAAGAUCAGCCACGACGUGGCCUCCGGGGUCAUCCAGAUGACGGUGGACCACUUCACCAGAGCCAACGAGGGAACCUACACGGUCCAGAUCCACGACGGCAAGGCCAAGACCCAGAGCUCCCUGGUGCUGGUGGGAGACGUGUUCAAAGUCGCUCUGAAGGAGGCCGAGUUUCAGAGGAAGGAGCACAUCAGGAAGCAAGGUCCUCAUUUCUCUGAGUACCUGUACUUCACCGUCACUGAGGAUUGCACCGUCAUGCUCGCCUGCAAGGUGGCCAACGUGAAGAAGGAGACGUCCUUCCGCUGGUACAAAGAAGACGACGAGAUCGUUCCAGAAACUCUUCCCAAUGUGAUGUCUGGAGCCUGCGCUCUCCCCAUCCCUCUGUUUUCUAGGAAAGAUCAGGGCAUCUUCAAGGCCGUGCUCAGUGACGACAGAGGGAAGGACACAUCUCUGUUCGACAUAUCUGGCAACGUGUUUGAUGACAUCAUCAACGCCAUCGCCCGGAAUGCUGGUGCGUCCGCCUCCGAGCUGGUGCUGCAGUGCACACCAGAGGGCAUCCGGCUGCAGUGCUACAUGAACUACUACACGGAGGAGAUGAAGACCGCCUGGAAACACAAGGAGAGUAAGAUCGCCUCCUCGGAGAAGAUGCGCAUCGGGGGCACGGCGGAGAUGGCCUGGAUGCAGAUCUGUGACCCGUCCGACAAGGAGAAGGGAAGCUACUCCAUCGAGAUCUCAGACGGCGUGCAGACUCACGCCAGAACCUUCGACCUCUCCGGACAGGCAUACACCGAUGCCUACGAGGAGUACCUGAGGCUGAAGGUGGCGGCAUUUGCCGAGAAGAACCGCGGCCGGGUGGUGGGCGGUCUUCCUGACGUGGUCACCAUCAUGGAGGAGAAGUCCCUGAGCCUGACCUGCACCGUGUGGGGCGAGCCGACCCCCGAGGUCUCCUGGUUCAAGAACGAGCAGGAGGUGGCCUCCACCGAGCACGCCAAGGUCACCUUCGAGGGCGGCAAGUUCGCCAGCCUGGUGAUCACCAAAGUCACGCCCGACGACUCCGGCAAGUACAGCAUCAACGUGCGGAACAAGUACGGCGGCGAGUUCGUGGAGAUCACCGUCAGCGUCUACAAGCACGGCGAGAAGCUGCCCGAGCCCAAACUGGGACAGCCCAAAGCGGCCGCGGCGCCCGCCGCCGCCGAGCCGCCAAAGUCCCCGGCCACGCCCUCCAAGACCCCGACCCCUUCUAAGAGCCCGGCGUCCAUGAAGAGCCCGACUCCGGCCUCCACCCCGGUGCCCAAGUCCCCGACCCCGACUCCAAAGUCUCCGACCCCGCAGCGCGCCGUCAAGUCGCCCACCCCGACCCAGUCCCUGAAGUCUCCAACCCCACCGAGGAAGUAAACGACGGGGGGCGGGGUUACGUCUGAAAGGGGCGGGGUUACGUCUGAAAGAGGCGGGUUUCGUUUGAAAGAGGCGGGUUUCGUCUAAAAGAGGCGGGGUUACGUCCAAAGGGGGGAUUCAUUAGCAUGAGUGAAAUCAGGAGGCGUUGAAAGUUUUAUGUAGAAGUCGUCGCCGGAAGCUUUAGAGUCUUUGAGGGGGGGGGGAGGGGGGAGAAAGGCACAACAACUAAUAUAAAUAAAUAAACAAGAUGUUUACGUUCAGUGUUUUUAAAGCUGCACCUUCCACUCUGCGUUUAAGGAUACUUCCUGUUAAUUACAUCAUUUGAAUCUCAGCGGCGACGUCAGGUUUACACAAGCUGCCGUUAAAACGUUAAAACGUUACCAUAUACCUGGUUACCAUAGAAACGACGACCGAGACGAUGGACGUCAGAUCAAACGUUUGUUAUGAACAGGAAUUAACCUUCUUUUUUUUUUAAAGUGGCUGAUUGGGGGAUCUGGGGUUAAGUUGCUUCAGAUACCAGAUUAAUUAUUAUUGUUUAGUUUUUUCCCCCACAAUGCAUUGUGAUGGCAAUAAACUCUCAACCUCC